AUGGGCGGCUCACUUUCGCGAAUGUGGUCCCUGAUCUGGGCCAAGAAGGAGAUUCGAAUUUUGAUCUUAGGUCUUAUUGGCGAAGUUGUCACGACGAUUCCUACAAUCGGCUUCAAUGUCGAAUCCGUUACUUACAAGAAUUUAAACCUGAAUGUUUGGGAUCUCGGCGGUCAAACCUCCAUCCGUCCAUACUGGAGAUGCUACUACGCCAACACCGCCGCCGUCGUCUUCGUGAUAGAUUCCACGGAUAUCGAGCGAUUAGGGAUUGCGGCCGAUGAGUUGGCGGCCAUGUUGAACGAGGAGGAACUCCGCGACGCUGCGCUGCUGGUCUUUGCCAACAAACAGGAUCAACCCGGCGCAAAGGGAGCGGGAGAGAUCUCGGAAGCGCUGAAAUUGGGCGAAUUGCGCGAUCGGAAUUGGAGUAUUGUUGCUUGUUCGGCUAUUGAUGGUAAAGGUAUUAAUGAAGGCAUGGACUGGUUGGUGCAAACAAUCCAAUCGGAGAAUGCAUGA